CCCUGCAUGCCUUGCGUCAAUCGAGCAGCGUGACUUUGUCCACGAUGGCGGUGGCAGUGAGAUCUCUGCAAGAUCAAAUCAAUAAAGCCAAGGAAAACCUAAAAGGCGUUGAUGAAAACAUUAAAAAGUUGAUCGGUAGAGACCCCAGCGAUAACAGGCCUGGUGCUGUGGGCGGCCCGGGAAGGAGAGUAUCGCUGGGAGGAGCUGGUCCUGGAGUCGGCCGCGGCCGUGGAGCGGGUUUCAGGCGUGAGUCGGAGGACUGGGGUGAUGGGCCUGCGGUAAAGAGACGAGGAGAGAUCGGACUGGGCGCUAGGGACAGGCGGGUGGUGACCUACCGAGGGCGCGGCCGGGGCAGAGGACGGAGGGACGACGAGGAUGAUGAAGACGAACUUCCUCACAAGCCGUCCCUAGCGUCCUCAGUGAUCCCCACCCCAACCGCCAAAAUGACCCGUAAGGACUCCAUAGACCAGCUGAACAAGGACGAGCAGAGCAAGAAGAGGAACAGACGGAUGUUUGGGAUGCUGAUGGGGACGCUGCAGAGGUUCCGCACAGAGGAGGUGUCCAAACAGCAGCAGGACAAGGAGCGUCGCCGCUCAGAGAUAGACAAGAAGCUGGAUGAGAAAGUGGAGGAGGAGAAGAAGGCUGCGGCUGCUGAGAGACAGGUGCUGUUCAAGGAGCGGCGAGCGAAACAGGCGGAACUCAGGAAGCUGGAGUACAAGUUGGAACUGGCACAGCUGCAGGAGGAGUGGGACCGGCACAACGCCCACCUGAUGCAGUUCAUCCAGGUCAAGGCCAGUCCUGCCCUCUUCUGGUGUCCCAAGAAGCACAGCAAGGAAACCUUACAGCUCCUCAUGGAGUCACAGGAUAGGUUAAAAAAGGUAUUUGAUAAGCGUAGGAAAGAUCUGGAGGAGGAGAUCAGUGUCAUGGAGGUAACCGCUGAGUCAGGUAAAAGUGAGGGGGGUGCAGAAGCAGGGGAGGGGGGUCAGCAGGGGAAGGGGGAGGUCCUAAACGUGCAGGACAUGGACGACCUGCCCGAGGAUACCGGGAUAGAGAUCGGGGAAGAGGAGGUGAUGGACACAGGUGGGAAGGAUGAUGGGAAAGAACAGGUGGAUGAUGGGAAGAAGGAGGUGCAUGAUGGGAAGAGUAAGGGUGAUGAGGAGGAGGAGAAGCAGGGGAGGACUCGGAGAGAGUCGGAGUCAGGCAGGGACAAGGGGAGGCGGAGGGACUCGGAGAGGGACCGGAAGCGGUCUAGGUCCGGUCCUGAGUCAGAGAGGAAGCGGUCCCAGUCGGGGGGUGAGAUGGAGAAGGAGAAAGAGAAAGAGAAGGAUAGCUCAGAGACAGCAGCGGAGGCUGGGCAGGACACAAGUGGGCAGGCUGUAGAGCCUGAGGCUGAGGGGGAAGGGCAGAACACAGAGGGGGAAGCAGUGGUGGUGAGACCUGACACUUCAGAGGAACCCAUGGCCACGGAAGCAGCAACAGAGCCUGAGGGUGCAGAAAAGGAAAAAGAGAAGACUGAGGACUGGCCCAUGGGCUCAGGGGAGGGGGACUGGGAAAUGGUGGAGUAAAUAGGGACUGGUUGGUUGCAUGGGGAUCAGAAUGUUGUGUAGAUAGAGUCGAAGGGUGUCAGCUCAGGAAUAAGUAUUUCUGUGUAUGCCGCAUGCUCAUGAACUGUGGUCCUGUUGGAGUUUACUUGCAGUCAAUAGUCAGUCCUUUUUAACUGUUGGUCAUUGCAGACAACAUUGUUUUAAUUCUUAUACCAUCAACUUCCUAGCCAGAGUCAUGGCCUUUGUAGGGGCAAGUCUGCUGUUGGAUUCUUGCCGUGUAGUCAAGAAUAGAAUCUAUUGGUUUGUCUUCUGCUGGGUCUUGGCUUCUGUUGGGUUUCGUUCUGUGUUUCAGGUUUGGGAUCGUAUUUUCCUCAGUCUUCAUUUGGAUUAGGUCUGAAGCAGUAAUUUUCAUCUCCAAGGGCUCUUUUUUUAAUACUUGUCCACAUGCAGCCUCUCUAUACAACAUUACACCAGUUCUUGCUGCUUGGGUCUCGGAGUUUGGCAUCUUGGGAUUAAUUUGGAAGAAUUGCUUUUAAUUGAGCCAUACAUGUGUAACAAGGGCUGGGGGGGGGGGGGGGGGGCACGAGUUUUUUUUUUUAAUGUACAGUAUAUGAAAUGUUGUGCUGUUGUUGUCAGCAAUGCAUGUAGAGGUAGGGUCUGCUGUUACUCCCAAAGGGAGACACUCAUUGUUCAGUAGAUUUUUUUCUUGCAAGAAAAUGUAUUGUAGCCCAGAUGUUUUUCUUUUCAGGCCAAAAUAUUUUUGUGAUUUUAGAUAAUAAUCUCCAUGCAGAGUUCUCACUGAUGUUGGUAAAAAUUGCCAUGUUUAAACUCAUCAUUUGGAAGAGCAGUUUGUAGAAAGUAGACAACUGACAUUGACACCACCAUACUAACGGAGAAUAUUGUACAGUGUUUAGGUGAAAGACUCCUGAUGGUCGCUCAGAUGUCUACAUUUGAACAGUUUUGCUGCCUGUCAUGAACCAGAUGUAGUGUACGAUUGGAUCAGUACUUGUAAAAACAAUUCUUGAAAUAUUCAUUAACUAGAUCAAUAAGGUAUUCUGAACUAUAAUAUAUGUCAGUAACCCUGAAGUUCACCAAUAAAGGUCCUAGAAGUCUA